GUGCAUAGAUGCAUAGGUCCUGAAGCUGCCCCGCAACAGGAAACAACAAGUUGGCUGCCCCUCCAUCUCAUAGCCGUCUGAUCUCCCACUUAUAACAGACUUCAACUCGCGGCUUCGUUCGAAUCAUAGGCAGUCAAGGCGAUAAAAAUAGUAUCCAGGCUCUACAUUCUUCUGGUACACGGAAACAGCGCAGGGACGGCGUCCUUACCAGCGUCGGGAUGUCUCUAACGAUUGAGAAGAUACUCGCUGCUUCUCCGGUGACGACUCGGGGGCAGCCGACCCAGCUGUCUACCGACCCCAAAGGAGAACGGUUAGCUUACGCCUCGGGAAAAUCAGUCUUUGUCCGCUCCAUCGACGACCCUUCCAACAGCAAGCAGUACACCGGCCACACUGCCCAAACAACAGUAGCACGAUUUUCCCCCAGCGGAUUCUACGUCGCGAGUGGUGAUGUCUCAGGAACGGUCCGGGUAUGGGACUCGACGGAAGCCGUCAACACGAAAGGUGAAUAUUCCAUCAUUUCCGGUCGCAUCAACGACAUAGCGUGGGAUGGAGAUUCGCAGCGUAUAAUAGCCGUCGGUGAUGGGCGCGAGCGGUUCGGCCAUUGCAUCACCGCAGACAGCGGCAACAGCGUGGGCGAGAUAUCCGGACAUUCCAAGGUAAUCAACGCCGUCGCUAUACGGCCGCUGAGGCCGCUCCGGGCCGCGACCGUCAGCGAUGACAUGGCGCUAUGCUUCCUACACGGUGCUCCGUUCAAGUUUAACUCCAAGUCAAGCGGCAUUCACAAGGGAUUUGUGCUGGGCACGGCUUUCUCUCCCGACGGAAAUACCCUCGUCACCGUAGGUGCCGACAAGCGGAUCCAGCUUUACGACGGAAAGACCGGCGAACCGACGAGGUCAAUCGGCGAGGGAGAGCACACCGGCAGCAUAUUCGCCGUCAGCUGGGCGAGCGACUCGAAGAGAUUCGUGACCGCCAGCGCCGACCAGACGGUGAAGCUGUGGGACGUCGAGGCCGGGAAGGUUACGCAGACGUGGAAGUUCGGCGAAGACGCCGGCGUCAGCGUCCAGGACCAGCAGGUCGGCGUGGUGUGGCCGCACGGCCGCCGCGACGGCCUGAUCAUCAGCCUGAGCCUCAGCGGCGACCUGAACUACCUGGUCGAGGGGAGCCCCAAGCCCACCCGGGUCGUCCAGGGACACAACAAGAGCAUAACGGCGCUCGGCGCGGGGUCGGACGGCAAGGGCCAGACGCUGUGGACGGGGAGCUUCGACGGCCGCGUGUGCCGCUGGGACGUGGCCGCGGGCGCGGCGGCCGCGACGGACGGCCAGAGCCACACGAACCAGGUGACGCAGUUCGCGACCAGCGCGGGGCGCGCGUUCAGCGUCGGCUGGGACGACACGCUGCGCAUCGUCGACGAGCCGGCCAACACGUUCGCCGGCGCGAGCGCGAAGCUGUCGGCGCAGCCCCGGGGCGUCGCCGCCGCCGCGGACGGGCGCGUGUACGUGGCGACGGCGGCCGGCGUCGAGAUCUUCGUCGAGGGCCGGCUCGCGGGCACGGUGGACGUGGGCGGGGGCGGGGCGACGGCGAUCGCGGCGCGCGGGUCGCUCGUGGCGGUGGGCGCGGGGGACGCGAACGCCGUGCGGCUGUACCGGGCGGCGGCGGCGGGGAGCUCUGGGUCGCCGGCGCUGACGCCGGCGGGCGACGCGGCGACGGGCUCGACGGCGCCGAUCUCGGCGCUCGCCUUCUCGGCGGACGCGGCGCGGCUGGCGGCGGGCAACGCGGCGGGCAAGAUCUACGCGUACCGGACCACGACGGCGGCGGGCGGCGCGCAGCAGCUCGAGCUCGUCACGGACCGCUGGUCGGCGCACACGGGCCGCGUGACGAGCCUCGCGUGGGACGCGGCGGGCGCGCACGCGGCGAGCGGCGCGCUCGACACGCACGUCUUCGUGUGGAGCGUGGCGCGGCCCGGGGCGCGCGUGCGCGCGCCCAACGCGCACAAGGACGGCGUCCACGGCGUCGCGUGGGUCGCCGACGGCACCAGGGUGGCGAGCGCCGGCGGCGACGCGGCGGUCAAGGUGUGGAAGGUCGAGGGGCUGCAGUGAAAAAGGGAGGUCUAGAUCGAGGUUUCGGGAGGUUUGAGGUUGAGGGGGAGGGGAGGAGAGGAGAGGAGAGGAGAGGAGAGGAGAGGAGAGGAGAGGAGAGGAGAGGAGAGGAGAGGAGAGGAGAGGAGAGGAGAGGAGAGGAGAGGAGAGGAGAGGAGAGGAAAGGAAUGGGCCGGAGGGAGGGGCGGCGAAGAAGCUACGCAAUGUUUACGCACUCGGCCUCGCGUGGCUCGGUGCGGCGGCUUACGGAGGUUAGGUGCCUACCUACUACUACCUGUUAUGUGCGGAGUAGCGUGAAUGCAGAGAUUUCGUGAAGACUUCUUUUUAUUUCUCCCAACGGCGGGGUGUGAUGGGUCGAUAGGGAGCAGACGUUAUAUGGGGUGUAUAAGGAGGACUGGCUGGCGACUCGUAGUCAGAUAAGACGGGCGUUGCGGGAGCACCUUCACAGUCGGAUCUCGAGGGGGGAACGUAGCUAUACGCGUGCUUCUCUGCGGAACUUACUCCUUAGGCUCGCCGGGGGCGUUGAACGACUUGCGGCCUAUUGAUAGUCCAAUGCCCCGAGGGUUAGGGGGGGGAUUGGGGGUCGUAAGGAUGGCAGUAUCACACGUAGU